AUGCCGCACAAUUUCCAACCUGGAGACCUGGUCUUCGCCAAAAUGAAGGGGUACCCCCACUGGCCAGCCAGGGUAAGCUAGUAGCAGCCGGAGUGAAGGGGGGUGUGCGGAGGGGACGCUGGAGUUUCGCUGUGCAUCCUUGGCAAUGACUGACAUAGCUAAUAUUAUAUAGCCAGCUAGCCUUGCCUCGUGCUUGGAACUAUAUAACUGUUUUUUUGUCCUAGCAAUCUAUUUGCAAGAUGUUUGAGGGACCAUUUAUGGAAAAGUAUAACCAGGCUACUUUGUGAAUGGCGUUCAUGUUUGUCUUAUGUGCACGUAAUUUGUCCAACCAGGCAGCGCUAAGUAGCUACAGUACCUGUACUUUACUUUUGGUGUGUGUUGAUUGAAGAUGAAGCCUUCUUGAUUUACAACUUUGCAGACUUGCUGCCCAAUAAAAAAAGAUCCUAGUUAUAGUAAAUUAACCAGGUGAGUUUUUGGUACAGUAAACACACAUUUUAUUUUCUGGAAAUGCAUCUUUGAUGUGACGUGUUCACUUCUGGCCAGGAUUUUUUGGCAGUGAUUAGACAAUUCUACAGAUUCUACCAAUCAAGGUGUCUGUCGGAAGUGAGGGGUCCAGACAAUGCCACAAUAUUAUUGCCUACUUAUUUCCAGCCUUCCUUUCCUCAGUUGCCCAACCUGACUUGAGGAUCAGACUAGAAAGCGCAGUGAAUAUAUUAUCUCCUGUACCUAAUUUGGAUGUCUCUCACAAUGUGUUUUUGGUUGUGUGGGUCUCAUUCUCCUAGAUUGAGGAUGUGGCAGACGGAGCAGUGAAACCCCCUCCAAAUAAAAUCCCCAUCUUCUUCUUUGGGACCCAUGAAACGUAAGUGCUGUGUCUCUUUGAUUUAGAAUAGCAGGAGGGGAAUCUCUUUGGUUGGACUUGGUAUACUACAUCAUCAUCAUCAAGGUCCUUUAUUGCAGGGGUUGUCAAGCUUUUUGGGGCCGGGGGCCCCUUUUGUGAUCGCAAAUUAAUCAGGGACUCCCUUAUAAUCAGAACAUAGCUUGAGUGAGAUAAAAAUAGCAUACAAGGAGUUCUACUAUGACUUUGGCAGUGCAUUUGCCUGGCUACCCAGACCCCUUGCUCUGGCCAAACGCUACGCCACCCCCACUGACUAUAGUUUCUUCUCCGCAAUGAAGAAUGUAGCGAACGACAGAGCAAUGGAAUAAUUUAGUGUGAGUCGUCAGGCUAGCAGUGCAUGGCCGUAUGAACCAAGUAUCGAGCCCUGGGAAGGGACAUUUUAAAGGCCCAUCUCUUGACAUCGGAGAGAAUAUCCUGCAGUUCUACACAUUUUCUCAUGGGGCAGAGAUUUUUUGUUGUUGCAGCUUUAAAGCUAAUAUCGUGCAAUUAUACAUGUUUUACCAUGAGGCAGAGAGAACUUUGCAGUUUGAAAGCUUAAAUUACAGUGCAUUUAUGUUAAAAAUGUAUAUUUGUUGGGGGGGGAUACAAGAAGUAUUGAGUUGAAAAAUGUAUAGCUAGUGGAGUACUGUGAAUAUCAAUAUCCCUGUGAGCCUCCCAGGCCCAUGUUGCCCAGGGUUAAGAACAUAAAUUGUAGAUGAAUAACAUUGUAUUGUAUUACACCCUCUAAACUUUUCCCACCAAUUCCUUGGCCAAAAUCUGUUUAAUCUGUUAGUAAUAUUAAUUUAAAAAAAUAUUGAGGUCUGGCCGCGGACCUCCUGCAGUAUCUCGGGUCUGCGGAGCCCACUUUGAGAACCCCUGCUUUAUUGGAUCAGUCGUUUUUUAUAUUUAGACGAUGCAAACGGGGAUGUUGUUGAUUUGCAUUUCUUUUCCAGUUGGUUCUGUUAUUGUUGUUGUCCCCAGCUACCUAAUGUGUUGUAUGUUGUUUUUACUUGAAGUAUCAUAACUCAUAUUUCUGUGGAAUGUAUCCUCCAUGUUUGUUGAUGCACUGUAUUUUCUUUAACUUAUUUUAAUCUUUUGAAACUCAUUCAUGUGUUUUUCAUUACUGGUUUAUGUCUGAAGUGAUCUAGGUCAAUUUGUGUGUGUAAAGUUCAGUCUUUUGUUUUGAUCAUACAGUGCUUAUUCUGCAAGAUGGCAUAUACACUAUUCUUAUACCACCACUAGGUGGCAAAAGAUCCCUGUCAGUAUUGUAGAUCAUGGCAUUUACAUAAUGCAGAAACCCAGUGUGUCAGUUACCCUGAAAGCAGGGAGUUUGGCUGUGCUAAGUAUCAGCUUUUUAAUUCAGUGACUAUUAGAAUUACAGUCUCGUAAAUACCAUCACAAUAUAUAGCAUUGUCUUAUCAAAUCAUGCUCUCUCUUCCUCAGCGCAUUCCUUGCACCAAAGGACCUUUUUGCAUAUGAGAAGUACAGUGAGCGCUAUGGGAAGCCUAAUAAAAGGAAGGGCUUCAAUGAGGGCUUGUGUGAAAUCCAGAACAACCCUCACGCCUCAUACAGUGCUCCUGCAGUAAGUACAUCAUAUCCUCAGAAGUCCCACCCAAUACCGUUUCUGUAAUACUGACCAACUGCAACUGAGUGCUGUUAUCAAUGGUUUCUUUUUUUUCUGUGCACUUCGGAUCCAUUUAGAUCAGAGACUCAUUCCCUAAAAGGGAUGUGAUUGCCAAAGUUACAGUACUAUACAGCUCCCUGUUGAUGGUAUUAUCUGCUCGGUCAGCACUCUAUCACAUCUGUGUUUAUCAACAAACACUUAUGUUUGGGCAUAUCUCUUCCUUGACUCCCCAGCCUGCCAGCUCGUCUGACAGUGAAGCCAAUGACGGUGCAGCAGGAAGUGAGGCAGGAAGCGAGGAAGCAGUGGUGCCCAGGAAAGCAUAUUCAGGAAGUGAAGUAGAUUCUGACUCUGGAAGUGAGGAUCGAGGAGGAGGAGGAGGAGGGGUGAAGAGGAAGGCCCCUGCUGCCAAGGUGAUUGCGAAAUUAUAAUUUCAGUGUUUUUGGAUGUUAAUUCCAACCAGACAACUGCUUUUGCUUAGAUGUGUCUCUGUUAUAAUAUUAAAUCUCUCUGUUCUAUCUCGCAUUCAGCGGCCCCCUGUGAAGAAGGCCCGGGGUUCGUCCAGUGACAGGGAUGGAGAGGAGAGUGGCUCACCCUCUGAGCCAGACCCAUCCCCUUCUGACUCGGACUCUGGAAAGAACAGUGACCAGGUCAGUUGACACAUACAAACAUUAUAUUAUACACUAUGUUAUACACUAGCAUGAUAACUUGGUGUUAAUUUGAUGGUUUCUUGUUUGUUUUCUCCUGUAGGACUUCACCCCAGAGAAGAAAGCAGCAGCAGGACGUGGCGGCGUUGGGAAGAAGGUUGGAGGUGGCAAAGGGAAGAAGGUGAGGAAAGGAUGCCCUUCAGGUGUCAAACAGCCCUGGGAAGCUGAAUAACUAAAGCACCGUUUGUGGUUUCACAGUGACUGCUGGCUCUCUCUCUCUCAUUAUGGUUUUCUCUCUCUCUGGGAUGCUGUAGAAGGUGUCGUCAGACUCAGACUCUGACUCUGGGUCUCAGUCGGACAAGAAGAAAGGGGGCAGUGAUUCAGAGGAUGAGAAGCCACGGCCUGCUCUGUCUGGAUCAGAAUCCCAGUCUGGCUCCAAAUCCGACUCUGACUCAGAGCCACAGCCACCUCCACGGAAGGCCCCUCAAGCGCGCAAGAAAGGUGAGGGCCAUUAUGUCUGGUAUCCCACACAGUGAAUGAUAACUGUAUUUGUCACUGCAUAAUCCUGUUCUCCGCCAUUUGUCCCACUCAGAGAAGCCUCCACCAAAGCCUCGGGGUGGACGGAAACCCAAAGCUGCCCCGGUCAGAGCACCGGCGUCUUCCUCUGACAGUGACAGGUCAGCACGGCUCUAGUCUAUUCCACAUUGGUUGUGCUCUAAUACAUUAUAAAUGACUUUUAUGAAUAAAUAAGUACAUUAUGAAUGGUCUCCUGUACUACAGCGACAGUGAGCCGGACCGCGUCAGCGACUGGAAAAAGAGAGAUGAGGAGCGUCGGAAAGAGCUGGAGGAACGCCGGAAGAAGGAGCAGGCAGAGGAGAUCCUCAAGUAUCGGGAGAGGGAGAAGGAAGAAGAUGAGCAGAGAAAGAAGGACAAGGAGAAGGGAAAGAGCAGCGGUGAAAGCAGCUCAGAUGAGGGCGUAGAUGAUCACCCACUGAAGAAGUCCAAGAAACCCCCACCGCCCCCCAUCCCCGCCCCCUCUGACUCUGACUCUGGACCUGAGGUAACUGGCAUGGAAGACUGUAAAGAGGGGACAUUUGCUUGUUUUUGUUUUAGUAUCAUCUAGAAUAGAUUUGUUAAAUUGUAUUUUUCCCCCAUUCAGGUGAAAGCAUCUGCAAAGCGUUCAGACAACCAGAAGAAAGGGAGAACAAAGAAAGAGAGGGAUCAUGGUAAAGGCAAAAAGGAGAAAGAAGUGAAGGAAAAGCGAGCCCAGCGGUCAGAGGAGAGGCCCAGAGUGAGGUAAAUUGCACAUGGCUGAACAAGACAAAAGACCAGAGCACAGAUCUCAUUAGAUGUUAUCUUCAUUAAAUAUAAAUGCACACAGAUCACUGAGCUCUCUCCCUCAGAUCCAAGCCUGACAAGCCCAAACGCAAACCAGAGAGACCUCCCGAGAGGAAAGUAGAAAAGAAAAAAGGUCAGAGCUCAACGUUACUCCCAGUUCACCAAUCCACUGUUUGUCCAUUUGGAAAGCCUGCAUAUGGAAAACUAAUUUGCAUAAUCUCACAUUGUGUGACAAAUGGUUGGUCAGAUACAGUGCCAGGUAAUAUCAACUUUUUCGGGUCCUCACUCCUUGUCUUUUUGUGUCUGUACACAGAGCCAACCCCAGACGAAAAGCUGCAGAAGCUCCACACUGACAUCAAGUUUGCACUGAAAGUGGACAACCCAGUGAGUAACCAUAUAAGGGGCUCCAUUCAUUGUCAACAGAAAAGUUAUUAUCACAUAGUUGGGAUUUUACAAGCAGCAUGAGGAACCACAUUUUUUUAUUUGACCAAUUAAGGGUUCCUUGCACAUAGAAUACUGCAAUCAUGUUGUCUGUUCUGCAGGACAUAGAGCGCUGUUUACAGGCCCUGGCGGAGCUCGAGGCUGUGCCGGUCACCAGCCACAUCCUGCAGAAGAACUCUGAUGUUAUUGCCACGCUUAAAAAGGUGCCUUUCCCUCUGAACCUCUUAAUGAAAGUGAACCUUUUGCAUACUGAACAAAAAUAUAAACGCAACAUGCAACAAUUUCAAAGAUUUCACUGUGAGAGUUCAUAUAAGGAAAUCAGUCAAUUUAAAUAAAUUCAUUAGGCCCUAAUCUAUGGAUUUCACAUGACUGGGAAUACAGAUAUGCAUCUGUUGGUCACAGAUACCUUUAAUAAAAUGGGCCUCACAAUCAGGAUCUCGUCACGGUAUCUCUGUGCAUUCAAAUUGCCAUCGAUAAAAUGCAAUUGUGUUCGUUGUCCGUAGCAUAUGCCUGCCCAUACCAUUACCCCACUGCCACUAUGGGGCACUCUGUUCACAACGUUGACAUCAGCAAACCGCUCGCCCACACAACGCCAUACACGUGGUCUGUGGUUGUGAGGCCGGUUGGACGUACUGCCAAAUUUUCUAAAACGAUGUUGAAGUUGGCUUAUGGUAGAGAAAUGAACAUUAAAUUAUCUGGCAACAGCUCUGGUGGACAUUCCUGCAGUCAGCAUGCCAAUUGCACACUCCCUCAACUUGAGACAUCUGUGGUGUUGUGUGACAACUGCACAUUUUAGUGGCCUUUUAUUGUCCCCAGCACAAGGUGCACCUGUGUAAUGAUCAUGCUGUUUAAUCAGCUUCUUGAUAUGCCACACCUGUCAGGUGGAUGGAUUAUCUUGGCAAUGAAGAAAUACUCAUUAACAGGGAUGUAAGCAAAUUUGUGCACACAAUUUGAGAUCUUUCUGGGAUCUUUUAUUUCAGGUCAUGAAACAUGGGACCAACACUACAUGUUGCGUUUUAUAGUUUUGUUCAGUGUAGAUCCGCUGUGUAUAUCUCAUCAUCCCUUGUUUUAUGGCCCCUUUGAACGCCACUGACGUUGUUCUGAUUUGAUGUUUGUCUUACUGUAGAUCCGUCGAUACAAAGCAAGCAGUGCCGUUAUGGAAAAGGCCAGCCAGGUCUACAACAAAUUAAAGGGGCAGUUUGUGGUCAAGUCUGAAAUGCCAAGUAAACCCAAAGCUGAGGGAAAGGAGCAGGAAGAGAAUGGGAAGGAGACACAAAACAAAGGUAAUUCUCUCAGCCCAAACUUUUACCAACACUACUGAUGGACUUAGUUACCGUUAUCACAUUUUCCUUAUAUUACCCCUCUUAAAGGAGAAGUUCACUAUGGCUUUAAUUCAUAGACUUUUAUUUUUCAAUGUGUGUAACUAAAAUAAAGGCCCAUCAUUUGUAGCCAAUCAAUUUAUUUAGCAUAACUUGUCAUCAGAUGUAACGCCUGUGAAUGGGGAAUCAGAAGUCCAGAAAAAGGAAUGCACUGAGCUGGAGGAUACCCCAAAGUCACCGGUCCAGGAAGAGAAUGAUGAGCAUGUGGCUUCAAGCCCCAACAGGUAAACGGUCUCCUCCUAUGUCACAUAAUUGUGUACUUCCUUUAUUUCUGCUAAUAUUUGUUCAAAGUAUCCAUGGUAAUAUAUUGCUCUACUCAUUGGUACUGUGCUACCAUCACAACGGUAUAUGUGGCUCUAGUUUUGAAGUCUUGUCUCUUCUCCAUGAUAGGCCCAGUCCUGAUAGUCCUUCUGAGCAGCAGACGCACACUGAUGAAACACACCACGCUCUCUCUGCAGAGACAGAACUGACAGCGAUAGAGAGCUGAAGAAAAUGGAAUACAAUUGUUUACCACAGCUAAAAGGAAAGCUCACUAGUCUUGUCCCAGAUACAUGGCGCUGUGCUGACCCCUUUGUUGUUCGCC